AUGAUAUUAUAUAGAGAUGAUGAUUUGGCUGCUGAUACUACAGUUGAUACUACAAAUGCUGUUGUUGCUACUUAUUACGAUAAUAUUAAUGAUGCUGUAGCUAUGAUAAUGAUAAUGCAAAUAUUGAUUUUGUUUCUCCUGAUGAUUGAUAUUGGUAAAGCUGAUAGUAAUCUUCAGUUUACUCCUAAAAGAGAUCAAUUAUUGGCAAGUGGAGAAGAAGAAGAAGAAGAAGAAGAAGAUAAGUUGCCAAAUCGAUGCUUGAAAAGAAUAUUUACAAGAUUUACAAUUUUGAAACAAUUCCAAAUGGAAUUCGUCACACUAAAAAGCAAAAAUUGUAGAUGUUCUUUUAAAGGAGAGAAAACUAGAAGAUUACAAGAUGCGUGCCAAUCGCACUAUUAUAAAAGUAAAGCAGAGUUUACAACUCUAGUUGCACCCUUAGCCGAUAACGACGUGUGCCCUCAGUUAGUAGAGACUGAUGGAUUGAAGAUAAAUGCAGGAAAAGUUAGUUUACGUUCAGAAGAUUGCAGAGGUAGCACAGCUCACGUGGUGGGAUGCAGAAGCAAAGAUACUUUAGAAUUUUUAACGACAUGCGCUUCAUUUAAAGAUCGUAUGACAUUUCAGUGCCACGGAUGGUGGGAGGAGAACGAGAAAACUUAUCUCAUUGCUGGACUUAAAAAUUCCAAGACUAAAUACUGUUUUGUGUACACAAUCGACGGAAUUGUUACCAAAUUAUCAGCAUUGUAUGACACAUGCCAUAGAGGUAUCAUGCCUGGAAUUACAGGGAACCUCACUUUUAACAUUACGGCAGCAGGUAAAUGUGAAUACCUUCUAAAUCGAGCUCCGAGCCAAAAGAGUCUCAUAAAUCCCUUUAUGUUAUUAAUGGUGGCCUGUGCCUUGAUGCGGUGACAGGCUCUGUGAUGGACAUCUACAAGAUAAACAAAA